AUGAAAACAAAGGGGUCAAAAGAUGGAUCGAGUAAUAGCAAUGAAAGUGUUUCGCAGUCGAUGAGGUGAGUUAAUUAGCUAUAACCUAACUAUGACGUGGCAAAAUUCAUGGUUUACAUUAGCUGGAUUGAUUUCAAAAUUUCACCAAUAACUUCUCCAUGUCAUAAUACAACUCCCAAUUUUCAGGCCUAUUGGUGCCAAGAAAACGAAUGCGUCACCAAAAAAAAGAAAACCCGAAGAUCGGAAAACAACGCAAAAACGAGGAAUCGGAACACCAAAAAAAGAAGCAGCUUCGAAAAAUCAGAAAAACAAAAAGAACGAAUCGGCUCGCCGAGCAGCGAAAAAACCCGAGAAAAAAUUGGAACUAACAUUGACGAAUACAAGUAACACUUUGAUUGGAAGCGAAGAACCUAUGAAUCAACAAGGUGGGAAAAAUAAUAAGAAAAAGGUGAAAUCAGAAGAGAUGGUCAAUAAAUUGUAUAGAAAGAAAUCGGUGGAAGUUGGGAAGCAAGAGGAAAAAGAAAAACAGGCGGCACCGAAAAAGAAAAAAUCAGAAGAUAUCAAAAAAGAGGAAAGCGUAAGAAAUAAUAAGAACAAUGUUAAUCAAAUCGCGGUUACCAAACAAUAUUUCAAAGAUAUUGUUGAAUCAAGAAAAGUUCUAAAAACUGCAGAAAGUUUGAAAACCGAAGAUCGAUUGCCGGAAAAAUUGAAGGAAUUGAAACGGAAAGAGAAUCAGGAAAAAACGGCGAGAAUUAAGAAAGAAUUUUCGGCGACGGAUGAGAAAUUUGAGGAAAGCGAGAAGGACAAGAAAUUAUUCGAUGAGAAUGGAAAUCCGUUUUGGGCGACUUUGAAAUUUGAUGCGAAAGAGGUUGAGAAAGAAGGAGUUGAGGUGGAGGGGAGAAUCACUUCGGAACAUGUUAUCAAAUAUUUGGAAGGAGCUUUGAUGUUGCAACAACCUCCCAAGAAACCGUGAGUUUUUUCCCGAAAUCUACCCGAAGAUGGAAUUUUUCAAAACUUUCCAGAACUUCUCUCGAUUGGACAAGAAGCCUGGCAGAAAUGGAAGAUUUGGACGAUGAACAUUUCAACGAUGAUGUAAUCAUGUAUUAUAGCCUGAAUAAUAUAAUCAAAAACAGUGAAAGAGCAUUGAAAAGAUGCACUUCUAAUAAUGCUGAUUCUCAUCGAGUUAAGCUGAAUGAUUCGAAAGUUUUAUGCUCGCCGAUUGGAAGUUAGUUUUUGAAAAAAAUGCAAAAUAUACCUUACUCACAAAUAAAUUAAAUGUUCAAUAUAUAUUCAGAAAUCGACAAGGAAGUUGGGGUGAUAAUUCAAUUCAAGGAGAAAAUUGGGCCGAUUUCAUAUGAGCGCGAAAAUCCGAUUGAAUCGAUUCGAAAACAAGUGAAGAAAUAA